GAUGACAAAUUUGAUAAGUAUUAAGUCGUAUUGCUUGAAGAUUGUAGAGAGAAUAAGAGGGAGAAGUUUUAUUUUAUGUUAUUUUUUAAAAGUAUAAGAUUGAAUACAGAGUUCUUUAAUAUUUGCCCUAUGACUUGGUUAUUAAAAAACAGCAAAAGAGAACAUUUAAAGAAAUGCAAUCCACCUCUGUUGCUCCUCCUCCCUUGUCCAGGUACUGGUAUCCCAUACCCAACCAUUUGCUAAACUUUGAUCAUCAUCAUCGUAAAGUCAAAAGAAGAAAACCCACUUCUCUUUCAUUUCCCAAUACCCAAAUCCACUCUCAAAACAUCGAUUCUUUAACUCUCCCCACCACAAGUAAUUGCAGCAAAGAACACCAAAAGAAACUCAACCCAGAGCAGAUCCCUAUAUUAUUUGAUCAACUCUACUCUUCCACUGAAACUAACCAAAACCCAGAACCUCAAAACCAAGAACAAGAAGAGGAUAAAGACGAAAACUGCCCUGUACUUUUCACAAACAUGUGGUGGGCAGACUUGAAAGCAGCUUUGGGCCAAAGAAUCAACGUCGAGGGUAUUGUUUCUUCAACAGUUGUUUUCGUUAAAGAUCGUCACUUGGCGCUUCCUCACGUUUCUGUGCCUGAUAUAAGGUACAUUGAUUGGGCGGAGCUGCAUGGGAGGGGUUUUAAAGGUGUUGUGUUUGAUAAAGAUAAUACAAUUACAGCUCCUUACUCUUUGACGCUUUGGGGUCCUCUUAGUUCAUCAAUAGAACGGUGUAAGUCGGUGUUUGGUCAAGAUAUUGCGGUGUUCAGUAACUCUGCUGGUCUAUAUGAGUAUGACCAUGAUGGUUCAAAAGCGAAGAAACUUGAGGGAAAAAUUGGGAUUAAAGUUAUAAGGCACAGGGUGAAGAAACCAGCUGGGACUGCUGAAGAGAUUGAGAAACACUUUGGCUGUAGAUCUUCUCAACUUAUCAUGGUGGGUGAUCGGCCUUUCACAGAUAUUGUUUAUGGGAAUCGGAAUGGGUUUCUGACUAUAUUGACUGAACCAUUAAGUCUUGCCGAGGAGCCAUUCAUUGUUAGACAGGUGAGGAAACUGGAAGUGUCACUAGUGAAACGCUGGUUUAGGAGAGGGUUGAAGCCAAUUAGUCACAGUCUACUGCCAGAUGCCAUGCAGUGGAUGAAAGAUCCACCACCUUCAUAAGAAAUUUGUAGAUAUGCUUGCCUGACUAAGGAACAAAUGCAACUAUUAGUCAGAACCUGUAUUUAUGGCCGUCAGUUUGCAUUUCUCGUUGCUGGACCUUAUGGAAUUGUCAUUCUUCAAAUCAUUCAUAUGCCUGCUUACUGUCUGGUAAUUUCUGUCUUUUUUGUUCGAUUCUGUGGAGUGUGGAGAAAACAGAAGCUGAGGACUGCCUUUGAUCAACUAAGCUGAGCAUCUUUCCUGGCUGGUUGUCACUCUGCCUCAUUAGGGUUGAAUCAAGAAGAAAAUUGAUGAUGGAAAUAGACAGGAAACUGGAGAUGGCAUUGCACUCAGGCAAUGAUUAAUUGCGCAAUAAUUACUUAGUAGAAUGAAAGUUUUCCUUCUUCAGUAAUAACAUCCAAUUUUGCUUAUAGCUCGAAUUUGUUGCUCCCCAGUAUAAGCUAUUCCGAUAUCAAUUGUUGAUUGUGCUAUAAUUUCGGUGGGUAUAGUCAGAAAUCUGCAAUUAUAGGGGCCAUUUCCGGGUCAAAUGGUCAAAGUCUUGGACUAAUAAGUGCAAGCACUUGGCUUUAACUUGAUGACUGACAGGUUUAUAUUAAAGCGAGGAAAUGAACUCAGUAGUAAGGGUAUUAGAGAUUUAUUUGUUUGCAUACUGAGAAAUGAAGUAAAAUGUUGAAGAAUCAAAAGGAAAUGGGUUGCCAAAUGUUAAGGUCUGACUUAAUUAAUUGAUUUUAUUUGAUUUUAUUUGAAUUUUCCAAGUUGCAAUUUAUUAAUUGUUUGCUGCCAAUGCGGGUUGCGACUUGCGAAUUGUAGCAAUUUGUGAAAGCUU